AUGGCCCUCAAGAGUCUGGGGUUGAAGUACGAGCACCUCUGGGCCUCGGAAAAACAGAGUGCUUACCGCAAGAUAUUUGAAGCAACGCAUCCGGACUGCGCUGUGGUGUUCCAUGACAUGACGAGCCGCCCAACAGAGGCUCUAGAGAUGGCGCGAAAGCGCCAGAAUCAACUUCUUCUAUAUUGCGCGGGCUGGCCGUGCCAGCCGUACAGCGGCGCGGGGCUGCAGCAAGGAGAGGCGGACGCUCGCUCCAAACCAGUUUGGGCAGUUCUUCUUGCCAUAGAGAUCGCCCGGCCAGACCUUGUUCUACUGGAAAACGUUCCGCCAUUUAUCGAAAGUGGCAAGUUUCGAAAGAUCGCCAAGGAAUGCAUCGACUUCUUGAUGAGCAUCGGGAAUGGAGCUUACUACGUGGACUGGCAAGUGCUAGACGCCUACACACAUGGUGGCGUACCUGCUUCGCGUAGUCGAGUCUACAUCAUUGCUACUCGCAAGGACCGGAUUGUGAAGCCCUGGCAAUGGCCCACCCCAAUCCCAGCCCCAGGCCUCACACAAUUUCUGGAGCCUCGAGCAGCGACGUCGGUGGCCGACGUCAAGGGCCGCCUGGAUGGGAUGAACAUCACUGGCCUGCGCAAUCUAGACGCUGCCAUGCGCCUCAUCCCAAAGAAAUGGCCAGGCAAAGACGCUGCCAGAGACUGCUUUGUUGUGGACCUGAAGAACAGUGAACAAUUUGGUCCGCAGGUGAGCUAUGACAAGUUCAGCACAAUAACCAAAUCUCAUGCUGGCGACCUCUGGCUCACCCACUUGCAGGACAGAGCUCGGCCCUCUGAGGUGCUCGCUGCCCAGGGUUUUCAGCGGAGCUCGGUGCGUACACCUGCCGGAUGCACGGACAAACAUCUCUACGAGAUGGCUGGAAAUGCUUUCUGUGUCCCUGUCGUAACUAGAAUCUUCAGAGCAGUUCUGCCAGCGCUGGGCUACCCAAUGUAG